GAGAGCAAAACGCUGCCGUUUCAUAUUUCGAUUUCAGAUCCGAGCAAGAAAUUGGGUCGAAGAAGAACCCCGAAGAUUAUCCGAAGAUCGAGAAGACGAAAUCCGAGACUGAGACUGUAAACUCCAUUAUCAAGAAAUUGGGUUUUUUGGAGCUUCAAUUUGAUUUUUACUUGAUGGAGGAGUUGCGAUCCGCAAUGGAGGAACAUAUGGACCAAAUGGCGGAUCUGAUUCACAAAUUAUCCUCCGAACUCCGAUCCGGUCUUCGUCCCGCCGUCGAUAAUUUCAUCGGUUUCUUCCACGCCAUUGGCUGGAAGGAACCUUGGUUGAUGGGGUUACUGGGUUUUCAUGCCUUGUUGCUGAUAAUCACUAUUGUUACCAGGAAGCGUACCAAUUUCCAGAUGUUCUUGUUCCUUCUUGCACUGGCUGGUGUAUACUUUGCUGAAAGAAUCAAUAGAAUCCUGAGCAAAAACUGGAAGAAUUUUGCCACCCAGAACUAUUUCGAUCCAAAUGGAGUUUUCCUAUCGACACUCUGGUCUGGGCCGCUGCUUGUAAUUUCGAUGAUAAUCCUGAUAAACACACUCUUGACUUUAUGCUUUCUAGUGGUUAGAUGGAAAAGAGCCGAGCUUCAACACCGUGCAAGACUUUCGCAGAGUAAAGAAGAUUAACCCCCAGAAGUGAAGUUUCUUUAGCUUUAAUGUCUUUUGCUGAUAGUUUGUAGCUAUACCAUAUCCUUUACUGAGACUAUUAGACUGAUACGAGCAGAAUGUGAGGAGCGGUUUUGUUUACACCUUUUCUCUUAUUUAUUGAAUAGCCUACGUAGAUAUUAUUGUGAUCAAACUUUAUACCACAUUCACUUCAUAUAGCUUGAAUUUCACCAUUGA